ACCACUCCUAUUCAGGAAGUUGUCCUUGAUAUAUUCUGUUUGUCAUAUUUUGUGCCUCUCACAGUGAAUUUCUUCAGUGUAGAGUGUUGUUUUUGUUGAGAAUAGUUGUUAAUGAUUUGGUUUGUUGGUUUUUAACUGAAUAUUUAUUCAAACCUAGUUGCAGUUCUGAUUUAGUGUUUUGUUUACUGAAAUAGUUAACUGAUGAAGGUUUUGGUUAUAAGUAUUCAUUUGUACUAUUUAAAUUAAGCAUUAUAAAGCAAUGGCAUAUAUAUUGGAAAUAUUCAUUGGAGUUCUCUUCUUAUUAUUGUAUCUCUGCUAUAAGUAUAUGACUUCAGAAUAUUUAUACUGGAAGAAGAGGAAUGUUCCUUACAUCGAACCAACCUUUCCUUACGGCAAUAUUAAAGACCAAGUCACAAAUAAAACUGACAUUGGAAGGUGUUUUCAGUCUCUAUAUGAGCAGAUGCCAGGAGAAAAAUACUUUGGAAUAUUUGAGCUUGGACAACCAUCUCUCAUUUUGAAGGAUCUAACUCUCAUAAAAGCAGUGAUGGUGUCAGACUUCUAUAGUUUCUCUGACAGAGGCCACAUCCAUGAAGAUGUCAAGAAAGACUACAUCGCUGCUCUACAUUUAUUCAAUUUGAAGAAUGAAGCUUGGAAGCGAAUGAGAGCUAAGAUCGUCCCCACAUUUACAUCUGGAAGGAUGAAAUUAAUGUACAGACUCAUGCAUAAGUGUUCACAACAAUUAGAUAACUAUCUAGAAGUUACUGCAAAUACUAAUAAAGUUGUUGAUUUCAAAGACUUAUUAUCCCGUUUCACAAGUGAUGCCAUCAGCUCGUGUCUCUUUGGACUUGAAACAAAUGCUGUUGUUGAGAAAGAAAGUGAAGUCAGGAAGAUCAGCAGACUCGUGUUUCCAACUUCUACGUGGACAAUGAUCAAAUUAAUGAUAUCAAUAAACCACCCACAUCUGUAUGAUUUGUUUGGGUUUGAAAUAAAUCAUGAAAAAGUUAAAAACUUUUGCAUGCAGGUUGCUAAGGAUACUUAUGACUACAGAGUAAAAAAUAAUUUUUACAGAGAUGACUUUGUAGACUUGUUGAUUAAAAUUAAACAAAAUAAAAAUUUGUAUGAAGAUGAAAAGAGUACGAAUAACAAAGAAUCGAGGCAAUCUGUUGGAGAAGAUGAUGGACUAACAUUUGAAGAAAUGGCUGCUCAGAUAUUUGUCAUGUUUGCUGCUGGAUUUGAAACAUCAUCUACAACAUCUUCUAUGGCUCUGUAUGAAAUGGUACAGCAACCUGAGAUUUUGUCUACAGCAAUUCAAGAAAUUGAUCAAGUACUGCAAAAAUAUGAUGGUAAUAUAACUUACCAAGCACUGAAAGAAAUGGUCUAUCUGGAACAAGUGAUUUAUGAAACAUUACGGCUCUAUCCUUCUCUUCCACUUUUGACAAGAAAAUGCACCAAGCCAUACAAGAUCCCAGGCAGUGACUUGCUGAUAGAGAAGGGAACAAGAGUGAUUAUACCCAGUUUUGCCAUAAACCGGGACCCACAGCAUUACCCGGAUCCUCUUAAGUUUGACCCGGACAGAUUCAGCCCAGCAAGAUCUAAGGAACGCAACACUCUUAAUCUACAAUUUGGGGAUGGACCAAUGGCAUGCAUUGGAAUCCGAUUUGGUAAGAUGCAAGUGAAAUGUGCCUUGGCCACUAUUCUCUCAAAGUACGAAGUAUCAGCCGUUCCAGAAACCCCGAGUCACAUCACUCUCAACCCUUGUCAGUUUCUCCCUACUCCUAUGGAAUCAAUCUUCCUUAAAGUCUCCAGACGAGAAGACAGAUAGUUCCUGCACAUUGCUGUAGAGUUAUUAAAUUAUGAACUAAACACUGUAUUAUAAUAGAAAUAAUUUUAAAAACUACACUUAAUCCUACAAUUUAUGUUUUCUAACUUCCAAGAUUUGAUCUCCUUCUGUGAACAACACUAGUCCAAAGAAGAAUAAUCCUUGACUAAAUUACACUUACCAUAUAUUUCUCAACUGUUAAAUUAUUAAUUCGGACUCUUCAUAGUGGACAUAAACUAGAAACUUCUUUACAGAAAAAUGGUAGAACCAAUAUUGAGAUUAUUCUUCUCUUAAGACAAAUUAUGUGUUAUACUGUGGCAUUUACUAAUUAAACCUGAAUUAUUAA